ACCCCACCAGAUUUUUGCAAAUUGUAUGAUAAUCUCUCUUGCAUAAACCCUCUCCUCUUAACUUGCGGCAUCAAUAUUGGUCAAUGCAUUAAAACCUACCAAGUCCAACACAUCUUUCACUCUCACUAGUCACUACUACUAGCCAAAAGAAGAUACAAUAUUACUAGAAAAAUCUAACCUGGUUAGCCUCUCUCUUUCUUUCACAUGUAGCUUAAUGUAAAAUGAUCACACCAGAAGUUCCCCAAAACAAGUCUCAAUACUCUCCAAUGGCCAAAUCAAGUGUUAGAAACAAACCCUUUUCCUGUUUCAGUGACGGGUUUCUCUAUCUUGGUGGUGCUCUAUUAGCUUUUUUACUAGUCUGGUCAUUGUGGUCUUACACAGUUCCGCACAGUUUCGAACCCAGGGGUAGUACAAAAUCCGCCACCAACGACGCCCGAACCCAGCAAUGCGUUCAAGAAAAUCCUGCUGUCAAUCUAGGCUACGACCCACCAGACCAAACCUUCUACGACGAUCAAGAACUGAGUUAUUCGAUCGAGAGACCGAUGAAGAACUGGGACGAGAAGCGAAAAGAGUGGCUCAAACGUCACCCUUCAUUUGCCCCUGGCGCUCGUGAUCGUGUGGUUCUUGUGACUGGAUCACAAUCGAAGCCAUGCAAGAACCCAAUAGGUGAUCAUUUACUUUUAAGAUUCUUCAAGAACAAAGUUGAUUACUGUAGAAUCCACGGCUACGACAUCUUUUACAACAAUGUUCUGUUACAUCCAAAAAUGUCUAGUUAUUGGGCCAAACUACCCGUCGUUAAAGCAGCCAUGCUAGCUCACCCAGAAGCUGAGUGGAUCUGGUGGGUUGACUCGGAUGCCAUGUUCACCGACAUGGAAUACAAGCUCCCGUUACGGCGUUAUGAUUACAGGAACCAUAACUUGGUGGUCCACGGCUGGGAAAAGUUGAUCUACAAGGAGAAGAGUUGGACGGCUUUAAACGCUGGCGUUUUUCUGAUAAGAAAUUGUCAGUGGUCUAUGGAUUUCAUGGAGAAAUGGAGUGGCAUGGGUCCAAUGAGUUCUGAAUACAAGAAGUGGGGUCCAAUCCAACGGUCAGUAUUCAAGGACAAGCUGUUCCCUGAAUCAGACGAUCAGUCGGGCUUGAUCUAUAUGCUUUAUCAGGAUAAGGGUUUGAUGGACAAGAUUUACUUAGAAGGGGAGUAUUACUUUGAAGGGUAUUGGGCAGAUAUAGUGCCAACGUACGAUAACAUAACGGAGAAGUACACGGAGUUGGAAAAGGAAGAUGGGAAAUUGAGGAGACGACAUGCAGAGAAAGUGAGUGAGCAAUACGGCGUGUUUAGAGAGCCACACUUGAAGGAGGCAGGGAAUGGUAAAGGGAGCUGGAGGAGACCCUUCAUCACACAUUUUACUGGCUGUCAGCCUUGUAGUGGGGAUCACAAUCAGAUUUAUCACGGGGAGACUUGUUGGAAUGGGAUGGUCAAGGCUUUGAAUUUCGCUGAUAAUCAAGUCUUGAGGAAGUAUGGUUUUGUGCACCCUGAUUUACUGGAUUCUGGCACGGUCACCGAGACCCCCUUUGAUUAUCCCGAUGAUGGGCCUUGGUGAAUGAUUCACCGACCAAAACAUAGGAAAAAAAAAAACCUGAACUAGGGUGGUUCAAGCCUUCCAUUCCCGUGCACUCACAUUCGACAUGGCUGUAUAUUUUCUGUUGGCAAUUAGGGACGACUGAAUCAAUAUGCAGCAGUUGUCCUCAAGUAGUCUUGCUUAAGGCAGUGGAUUGUGUUUCAUCAGCAUGUCUGCACACACGAGACACUCUUGCAAGAUUCAUGUCUUUCUCUUUCUUCGUAGGUCUAUCCUCCCUUUGAUAAAUGAUUGUCUCCAUGCUUGUAAGGUAUAUAUAGCAGUGAUUGCCAUGGUUGAAUCUAUGUUCUUCAUCCAGAAUAGGAUGACUGUCCUGCUUUAUUGAAGCAAGUUUUGCUUGCCUUGCCUGUGCCUCUGUCUUCUCCUCAUGCCUUGAUUAUGUAGAGAACUUGUGUAAUAAUUGGCCAUUGUAUCUUGUCACGCUACUUCACCCAAAAAUUGGGAUCCAUGAGAAGAAAAAUAAAAUGCAAGUUGUCUGUGUAUUCAA